AUGACACAGAUUUUACAUGUUGGUCACAUGGAUUGCCAACCCUCUCUCUUUCUCGAUCGACUUUCCCUCUUCAACCCCGUCUUCUUCAUUCCACAACCCGCUACUUCUACCAUACCCACCAUCAAUCGUCACAGCUUAACAUCGUAUGCGCACCAGAUCGACCUUCGUACCACCACUUACAACGAUCACAACCAGCCAUUAGCACCACAUCCAUCGCUGACGCACGAUCUCGACCGUCAGCCUUCGUCUUCAACACAUAACCACGCUCUCCCUCAAACGCCAUUGGCGGAUAUAGAUAACAAAAGAUUGCUAGCAGAGAAGUUUCAUGUUUUAUGAGGACACUAAAGUAAGGGAAGACAAAUUAGAAAUAGAUCUGACCAUAUCUUUUAGAUUUUGUUAAUUUGUGUAUGUUUUUGUUUUUUAUGGUUCGAGUAUUUUCAUUUCAUCUAGCUCUUGUGGAGUGCUUUGAUUUCUAUUUGGGUACCACCAAAUACGACAUGAUUUAACAUUAUUAAAUAUAAUUAUAUAAAAAACGGAGAGUCGGUAAUUA